UUUUGCGUAUCGCAAUCGUCCGGAGCCCAAUUUCACACUUAUAUUUUUAACUAUUGCGAAUGAAUGAAAUUCUUGAAAACGUACUGGACACCUUUCUGAGAGGUAUCUUGUUAAGAUACACGCUACGUCACUGUGAUGGCAGAUAUCAGCCAGGGAAGAAACUAUAAUUCGGCAUUUUCACAGUCGCCCCAAACCGCUACAGGGAUGGCGAACCGGAAGUUUUGGAGUACACUUCUACUAUUGUUGCUAAUUCCGGAAAUAUAUGCGGAGCCUGCGUGCGACAGCGAUAUCUGGUGUCACGGGCCUCUCUUGAAUGCGGUGCAGACAGCAGGACUUUUCAAAGACUCAAAGACAUUUGUCGAUAUGCCCCUAAAAGUAGACCCAGAAACGAUGAUGAAUGCGUUUAAUAGUCUGAACAGCAGCGUCAAAGACAAUUCCUCCGAACUUCGGGCAUUCGUGGAUCGGUUCUUCGACCUGCCCGGUAGCGAACUCGUCACGUGGGAACCAGAGGACGCCGUGGAAAACCCAGCAUUUCUCCGUUUUGUGCGAGACCCUGUAUACAGACAGUUCGGCAAGGAUAUGUGCAGUAUGUGGAAACAUUUAGGUAGGAAGAUUAAGCGGAACGUUAAGGAUCACCCGGAAAGAUACUCCCUCAUCUACAUGGAACAUCCCUUCAUCGUACCCGGAGGAAGAUUCAGGGAGACCUAUUACUGGGACUCGUUCUGGGUGGUUAAGGGUUUGCUAUCCUGUGAGAUGACCCAUACCGUUAAAGGAAUGCUGCAAAAUUUUCUUUCUUUCAUAACAAGAUAUGGCAUGAUACCUAAUGGCAGUAGGAUGUACUACACGAAGCGAUCACAGCCACCAUUCUUCAUUCCCAUGGUGCAGCUGUACCUGCAUGCUACGAAUGACACCGAGUUUAUCCGAAGUAACAUUGACAUCAUAGAAAAGGAGUACCUUUUUUGGAAUACUAAUAGAACCGUGGAUUUUCAAUAUGGAGGAAAAUCAGUAACGUUGAAUCGUUACGCGACACCUAUAGAUGAACCAAGGCCGGAAUCGUAUCGAGAAGACAAAGAGACUGCGCGACGUGCUUCCGACAGAGCGCCACCGGAAGUCUACACAAAUCUGGCGUCUGCAGCCGAGUCGGGCUGGGAUUUCUCGUCACGCUGGUUCUCGUCGAGUUACAACGAGACUUUCAAUAAGACCAUGUGGCUGACGUAUAUCGACACGACUGACGUAGUUCCGGUGGAUCUUAACAGCGUUUUGUGCUGGAAUGAACAUAUACUAGAAGGGUUAUUUGCUAUGUUAGGAAACCAUAACAAGUCUGCGGAGUAUGCAAGUAAACGCUCCGCACGCAUGCGCAAGAUGUCGGAAGUGUUCUGGAAUUCUCAGGCUGGUCAAUGCGGCGUUCCGACAUCUCUGGUGAACACCGGGCAGCAAUGGGACUUUCCCAACGCGUGGCCCCCGCUUAUAGACGCCGUCAUAACCGCACUAGAACGCAUCAACGACAAAAGUCGGGAAACUGCGUUGAAUCUGGCUGACCAAUGGGUGAAGAGCAACUACGUCGGCUGGCAGCGAAAGAAAAAAAUGUUUGAAAAAUACGUUGUGACAGACUAUGGAUCGCGGGGAAGCGGUGGUGAAUACGACGUCCAGGAAGGGUUCGGCUGGACGAACGGGGUGGUACUUGACCUGCUCACGCGCUACGAAAUGUUAGAGGAGAAAGAUCUAGAGGAAUUGGUAAGGGAUGUGGGUCGAGGUGUGGAGCUGCUUCCAGUGCUAGUUGAACCUGUAAGCGAGAAAGCAGUUGGUGUGCUAGCGUUGGUUGCAUGGAAGACCCUGACAGGUUUGUAG